AUGAAGCUGCUGCGGCGCGCGUGGCAACACCGGACAGCACUGGGCCUGGGCGGCCUGGCACUGGGCGGUGUUGCGCUGCUCUACCUGGCGCGGUGCGCCGCGCCUCCCGACCCCGCGCUCGCCGGCCCCGCUGCACCGGUGCCCGUUGGCCCGGCGUGCGCUGCCGCCUUCCUGGCCGUGCUGGUGGCCAGCGUGCCGCGGGCGGCCGAGCGGUGCAGCGUGGUCUGCAGCACGUGGCUGGCGGCGCGGCGCGGCGGCCCCGGGGACGUGUGGGCGCGUUUUGCCAUGGGCACCAGUGGGCUGGGCGACGAGGAACGGCGCGCCCUGGAGCGGGAGCAGGCUCAGCAUGGCGACCUGCUGCUGCUGCCCGGGGUGCGUGACGCGUACGAGAACCUCACGGCCAAGGUGCUGGCCAUGCUGGCCUGGCUAGACGAGCACGUGGCCUUCGAAUUCGUGCUCAAGGCGGACGACGACUCGUUCGCGCGCCUGGACGCAGUACUGGCCGAACUGCGCGCCCGCGACCCUGCCCGCCGCCGCCGCCUCUACUGGGGCUUCUUCUCGGGCCGUGGCCGUGUCCGGCCUGGGGGCCGCUGGCGUGAGGCCGCCUGGCAGCUGUGUGACUACUACCUACCCUACGCGCUUGGCGGUGGCUACGUGCUUUCUGCCGACCUGGUGCGCUACUUGCGCCUCAGCCGCGAGUACCUGCGUGCCUGGCACAGCGAGGACGUGUCGUUGGGCGCCUGGCUGGCGCCAGUGGACGUGCAGCGAGAGCACGACCCGCGGUUUGACACCGAGUACAAGUCCCGCGGCUGCAAUAACCAGUACCUGGUGACGCACAAGCAGAGCCUGGAGGACAUGCUGGAGAAACACCGGACACUGACGCACGAGGGCCGCCUGUGCAAGCGCGAGGUGCAGCUGCGCCUGUCCUACGUCUAUGACUGGUCGGCACCGCCCUCGCAGUGCUGUCAGAGGAAAGAGGGCAUCCCCUGACGGCCGAGCUGGCCCACGCGCCCACAGGACGCCAGGGUCUCGACCCCGCCAGAAGCGGUGCUGAAAGGCCUCCCAUCGGCCUUCCGCUGGCAAAGCUGACAGCUUCUGCAUGGUCCUUAGCAUGAGGCUGGCUCUCGAGAGGACCCGGUUUACCUGGUGACAACAGGCUCCCAGAAGAUGCCUAGCAGCGGUGGAUGACUCUAAGCCCAGGAACCAGUCCAUGCCCACCCGAGGGCAUCUUCUGUGUCUGGAACCAGCAUCGUGUCUAGGCAGCCCCAUGGGGCAUGGGGCCUGUUCAGUUACCUUCCUCUCCCAGGCUGAUGCCAAGGAGCCAGAGGGUGUAGCUGGCGGGACUUGCAGGACCUGACUCCAAAGAAAAAUUCCCAACCCCAUCGGGGCAGGGGACAGUGUCAUGUCCUGCAGCCACUGUACUGACCGUCCACCUGCACCAAGGGCCAUGACCGCAUAAACUGGGCCCUGGCACUUGGACACUCGAGGUGUGAUGCAACCCAACAGUUUUUAUUGAAGUUACUUCACCUUGUGCAGUUAGGUCAUCGCUUGCGUCUCCUGCUGGUAUCGUUUGUCACGUGUCAUCUAGUAUUUAAGUCAGUUGCGUGUGAAUCAGCUUUCAUGGUAUUUUGGUCUGUGUCUGGAGUGAAUUCGUGGUACAUGUAAUUCAGAGCUUGCCUGUGAUUUAUUUAUAAAUUUUGUAACUUUUGAAUAGUUUUAAGUUGGGAGUGUAUGGGUGUCUGUAUGUUUUAAGUUAUUUAAGAGAAGACUUUUCUAUCAAAA